ACACAGAGUCCACUGCCCCGGCAGAGGUGAGGCUGGCGCCGGCCUCCGGCACACCAUAACACGGGUCAGCUGCACUGGCCGGCACACUCUCCUCCUCCUCCACCGGCAGGAACACGCUCAGCCCGGCCACAGUAACCAUAUUAACCGGAAGGAAAUAUCGCAGCAUCACAGGGGCGGAGCGUCCGAGUCACGACCCCAGGAAGGUUACUACUGUGUGCACGCUGUGACUGGCCGGUAUAGCCGCAUACUGUACAUAUAGUAUCCGUGCCAUGGAACCUGGCACAGCCGAGGAGCCUGCCUUGCGGCAUGUAGAGAAAGAUGUUCUUAUUCCUAAGAUAAUGAGAGAGAAAGCUAGAGUGCUGUGCGCAGAACAUGUCGAAGCUUUCACGAAAUGCUGUCAAGAAAGUGGUUUUCUUAUGGUGGUUAAAUGCAGGGAGGAGAACGCAGUGUUGAAGGAGUGUCUCACAAAGCACUAUAAUGACCCGACUUUCUUUGAGGAAUGUAAACAAGAAUAUUUAAAGGAAAGAGAAGAAUUUCAAAAAACAGGAAUUCCUGCCAAAAAGAGACAACAGAAAUUACCUACCAGCAUGUAGCAACCAGACCUAAAAGCUUCCUUGAUAAAUUAACCAUUAUUACUUAUUGAUCGCUAUGUAUUAUUUUUACAUGUCUUGAUUAAAAUCUUUAUUUUUGA